GGCGGCGGCCGGGGCCGGGACGAUGACUCUGGAGUCCAUGAUGGCGUGUUGCCUGAGCGAUGAGGUGAAGGAAUCCAAACGGAUCAACGCCGAGAUCGAGAAGCAGCUGCGGCGGGACAAGCGCGACGCCCGGCGCGAGCUCAAGCUGCUGCUGCUCGGCACGGGCGAGAGCGGGAAGAGCACGUUCAUCAAGCAGAUGCGGAUCAUCCACGGCUCUGGCUACUCGGAGGAGGACAAGCGGGGCUUCACCAAGCUCGUCUACCAGAACAUCUUCACGGCCAUGCAGGCUAUGAUCCGGGCCAUGGAGACCCUGAAGAUCCUGUACAAGUACGAGCAGAACAAGGCCAACGCCCUCCUGAUCAGGGAGGUGGACGUGGAGAAGGUGACGACAUUCGAGCACCAGUACGUUAACGCCAUCAAGACGUUGUGGAAUGACCCCGGGAUCCAGGAGUGCUACGACCGGAGGCGCGAAUACCAGCUCUCCGACUCCGCCAAAUACUACCUGACUGACGUUGACCGCAUUGCCACCCUGGGCUACCUGCCUACCCAGCAGGACGUGUUGCGGGUCCGCGUGCCCACCACCGGCAUCAUCGAGUACCCCUUCGACCUGGAGAACAUCAUCUUCAGGAUGGUGGAUGUCGGUGGGCAGCGGUCGGAGCGGCGGAAGUGGAUCCACUGCUUCGAGAACGUGACGUCCAUCAUGUUCCUCGUGGCCCUGAGCGAGUACGACCAGGUUCUUGUGGAGUCUGACAACGAGAACCGCAUGGAGGAGAGCAAAGCCCUGUUUCGGACCAUCAUCACCUACCCCUGGUUCCAAAACUCCUCCGUCAUCCUCUUCCUAAACAAGAAGGACCUGCUGGAGGACAAGAUCCUCUACUCCCACCUCGUUGACUACUUCCCCGAGUUCGACGGACCCCAGCGGGAUGCCCAGGCUGCUCGGGAGUUCAUCCUGAAGAUGUUCGUGGACCUGAACCCUGACAGUGACAAGAUCAUCUACUCGCACUUCACCUGCGCCACUGACACGGAGAACAUCCGCUUCGUCUUCGCCGCGGUCAAGGACACCAUCCUGCAGCUCAACCUGAAGGAAUACAACCUGGUCUGACGCCCGGGCAGGCGCCCAGGGCCUCAGGCCGGGCCAGCCGCAGCCGGCGUCACCAGCGGGCUCGGGCUCGUCCCCAGUGGGCUCGUCCCCCAGCGGGCUCGUCCCCAGCUGGCUCGGGCUCGUCCCCCAGCGUGCUCUCCCGCCGUGGAGGAGCCCUCCCGUCUUUUCCCUUCCUGUUUUUAACCGAUGGUUUUUAUUUCACAGCUAUCAGGGGACGGACAGCUUUCUUUCUACAGACUCCACACUUCGGCACCUCCUCACCCGGCUCCGCCAGGGCGGCCUCUUCCUGGCCUGGACCGUGAAGCUCGGGUUUUUUUGUUUUUGUUUUCGUUUUUUAAAUGAAACACAAGGACUGGCCACAUGCAGGCACCCCAUUUUCCCCGGCCCGGCCACCCUUCCAGCCAAAUGUUGGGGGCCCUCGCCCACCCCGCUCUGGCCUACCCCGUCACUGGUCGCCGAGUCUUUCUCUCUCUGCCCUGCCGUUUUUUUCCCUCUUGAUUAUGAAAGGUGUGGAGACUCGGAGGCUGUGAUUUCUCUGUUUUUAAGUUAUUGAGUCCUGUGCAUCUUCACGGUUGACGGCUCUCUCCGCUCACUGGACUCCAAGAAGAGGGGGUGGGCAGCGCCCCCAGUUGCCCACCCUGGGAAGUGCCUAACCACUUUUUUUUUUUUUUUUGGAGGAAAAACAAGGACAACACCUGGCUUUGCAGGUGGGAGAGGCACCCCUGGGCCUCCCUUGUGGUCCCUGAGGAGAUGCCGCCUGGCCCCGUGCCCCGAGCUGUGGGGCUCGGGCUUUCUCUGGGCGGCAUUUCCAGUGCCAAAACGUGGCCAGGUCGGAGUGCCUCGGAUUGUGGGCCUACCCGGGCCUGGGGAGCAGGAACAGCAGGAACGGAGGGAACGACAGCUGGGAGGCGAGUGUCAGGGCCCCACCCAACUCUAGUUUGUUUUUUCACCCGUGUGGGCAAAAGGAGGGUGGGGUGGGGACUUUUAGAACAUUCUCAGGUCUGUCCCCGAGAGGUGGAGAGAGCAAGGGCCAGUGAGGGAGAUGCCUCCUUGUUGCCGCACAGCCGCCAGCUGAAGCGCUUCUGCUCACCCUGCCCCGGCCGUCCCGCCGGGCACCCCGCACGGGCACUUUGCACAACGCGGCCGGCCAAGAGGGGUUUGCAGAAGCGGUAGCUGGCACCUAGCCCCCCUGGCCAGCUCCGACCACAGCCAGAACUGAGCCAGACAUGGCAGCCCUCGGGGCUUCUGCAGGGCCCGCACACCCAGCUCUCCCAAAGGGGCUGUGAAGGCAGGCACCGAAGCGGGGGCUUUUAGUUUUUGGGGGGGUAGUGGGGUAGGUAGGCUUUUCAUCUGUUGCAGACUGAACACUACUGUGUUUUCUAUGCAUUCUGGUUGUUUUUUUUUGUACAACUGUCAUGGGAGUAAUGAACUGCCAGCGAUGCCUUUGACCCCUUUGUGACAUGGGGACCUUGCCCCCCAGCAGUCCAUGCAGCCACUGCUCUCUGGGCCCCCCCAAAAUAAAAACAACCACUUGAGAGUCAGACCAGCCAAACAGCAGACUUAUGUGCCCCCUCUCGCUUCUCUUCCAGGCAGGGGACAGAAACCAGGGGAGGCCUAGGGGGUGGGGGGCAGGGAGACAAGUCAGUUGGGGGGCAGCGACGUUCCUGGGGAUCAGCCCCAUUGAGGGGCAGGAGGGGGUUGGGGCAACCCCUUCCUCACACCCAUCUCCCUCAGUGUCUACCCAAAGGCCCCUUUCUUGUGCCAUGUGUCUGCUUAUGAGGGUUGUCCCAGAAAAGGUGCACAGACAGGCUCCCCUCAGCCUUGACCCCGCCCCAUGUGUCUGUCCAUUGCUGGUAGUACACCUGCUAGCGGCUUGGGGUCCCCUGGAACCAGCACCUCCAUGUCUUAGUGUCUCCCAGGAAAGGAAUCAGGUGUGACCCACCGCCCAGGCCCCUCUCCAGUUGGGGCUCUCUGGGGAUGGUGUGAGAGUUACUCAGAACGUGGGGGAGGUGACAGUGUUGACCCUUCCUGAGGGUCAGAGAGCCAAGCAUUCCAGAGCUGGGGGCGGGGGCCAGGAGGGAAGGGGACUGCCAGAUCCCAGGACCUCACAGAAACCCAGUUUGCCUGUGCCGCACCCCAAGAGUGGAGGCAGGGCUGGUGACCCCUCCACUUGGCCCCAGAGAACACAAGACAGCAGUUCCCACGCCAGUUGGGGGCGGGAAAGGGGCAUCCCACCCCAGGGUCCUGCCGGCCCCAACCCGGGGCCUCCAUCCGACCUUGGCUUUCGAGUGCGUGGCCAGCAAGGCCCUCGGGUUCCCCAUGUCUGAGGUUUUACUGUCUUUUGGAUGAACUUAAUUUCUGUAACUGCUUUCUCAUGAGUGCUGCCUGCCUUCGCCUGUCUGAAAUCAGGGCGGCACAGUUGCCAACAGAAGUCCAGCUUGGCGCCCUGGUCGCCCCCCCCCCCCAGAGAAGUGUUAUUGUGCCAACCGCCCUCGUCCCAGGGUCACACUCGAGACUCACAGUGCCAGCGGAGUGGACGUCCUCCGGUCACACUUGUACAGUACACGGCCCGCCCUGAGACAGCCUGAACUGUGACCUAUUUCAAAGAGAAGAUUAUAUAAAGCGCCGUUUUUAAACCUUUUGUCAUUUGAAAUGCAUGUAUUGUCGUGCCUGUUGGGACUGGGGGGAGGAGUGGGGUGUGCCCGCUCAGUGCAAACCCCCUCGACUGGCGGCUGCCCAAGUCCUCAGCGGGUGGGGCAGCACGAAUUUUGCUCAAGGUGUUGGGGCCCUGACCCCCUAAUCCAGAAAUACCGAUGGAAAUCGACUUUUCAUAUCUUUCUCCUAAAAUGAACUGUCUGUUUUAAAUUGGAAUAAAUUUUGUUCCUAAA